UUUGGUUUUGAUUGGAUAAUAAUGCGAGAUUCGAGAUUUGCGAGAAGAAAAAGUUAUAAAGAAAAGUCUAAGCAGCAAACAAAGUCGGUCAAGUGAGUCAAGUGGACUGAAGCGAGUGAAUUAUAUGCAUCGCUAUCAGUUUGAUGUGUGAAAGUUGAACUUGUUACAAUUAUUUCGCUUCUCUUCUUCAACGUUCAGCUGAUUAUGCCAAGCUCUCGCGGAAUUCGCAUCUGCAGUUCCGUCGGUCAAUCGUCGUGCAUAAUUUUUUAGUCCGAAACUUUCCUUUAAAAUUUCCACAAUAGGAAAGCCAGAGAGAAAAAUGUCCUUUUUGAGAGGCUCGGCCAACCACGUUUGGUGCACCACCAGCGUAUUAGGCAAGGGGGCCACGGGCGCCGUUUUUCAGGGUGUCAACAAGAACAAUGGAGAGCCCGUGGCCGUCAAAACGUUCAACCAGUUGAGCCACAUGAGACCUGUGGACGUGCAGAUGCGCGAGUUCGAGGUCCUCAAGAAAGUCAAGCAUGAAAACAUAGUCAAACUUCUGGCCAUUGAGGAGGAGCAGGGAGGUCGUGGCAAGGUUAUUGUCAUGGAGCUCUGCACUGGUGGCAGCCUCUUCAACAUCCUCGACGACCCAGAGAACACGUACGGCCUGCAGGAGGACGAGUUCCUCUUGGUCUUGGAGCACCUGACGGCUGGCAUUAAGCACCUUAGAGACAACAACCUGGUGCACCGUGACCUCAAACCGGGGAACAUCAUGAAGUUUUUGGCUGACGAUGGCUCGGUGAUUUACAAACUGACCGACUUUGGUGCCGCAAGAGAACUGGAGGAGGGACAGCAUUUUGUGUCCUUGUACGGCACUGAGGAGUACCUGCACCCAGACAUGUAUGAGAGAGCUGUCCUCCGGAAACCGACAAGCCGACCCUUUUCGGCAACUGUUGAUCUGUGGUCGAUUGGUGUCACUUUGUACCAUGUCUCAACAGGGUCACUUCCAUUUAGGCCUUUUGGAGGAAGGAAGAAUAAGGAGACAAUGUUCUUCAUCACAACUAAAAAAGCGUCUGGUGUCAUUUCUGGUUAUCAAACAGCAGAAGACGCUCCGAUUAACUGGUCAAGAGAACUGCCAGCAUCCUGUCAACUGAGCCAAGGACUACGGGCCCUAGUGACGCCUCUUCUCGCCGGACUGCUCGAAACGGAGCCUAUGAAAAUUUGGACAUUUGACCAAUUUUUCUCCUGCGUGACUCAAAUCAGUCAAGCCAAACGUGCGCAGAUGUGGGCUUGGCAUGUACAUUCCUGUCAAUUGCUGCGAAUUUAUCCCUUGGUGAAAGAGUGCACUUUUGAGUUUCUCGGAACGGAAAUUGAAAAGCAGUCGGCCAUUUUGCCACAACACCAGAUUUUGCUCUUGAACAACAUGCAAGUGAAAGCGGAAAACUGGCCAGUCAAAACAUCCAGAGAAAAGCCACUGAUUCUUUUUCACCGAGAAAACAACAACGUAUCUGUGGUUGACGCAGGAGAGGUUCCGAAAUUUCCCUCGUUUCAAAUGCCUGUGAAUUUGGAGGCGGACGCGACCGUUUCCAAGAGUUGCUGCGCCAUUGGUUACUGCGUUAAGCGUCAGACUGAGCACAUUGCCCGUGCGUCAAUACUUUCAAAUGAUGCCACAAAAGGCCUUUCAAAACUAAUUGCAAGAGAAGCAAGCGACGUCGACUCUUUGAAAGAGCAAACUUUGCAUUUAGCCUCUGUGAUAGAAGGCCGUGCCCAGGCCAUACUAAAGACUCAAGAAAUCAUUUCCAAAUUGAACCCUGCCUUGAGAGACAAUUUGAAUGAGGAGCUGCGCAGAAAGUUGGUUGAUGUCUCACGACUGCACUUGGAACUGGAAAAGCUGACUCCGGCAACCAAACAGCUAAGUAGCAAAGACUUGAGAAAGGAGUGGCUCGAUUCCAGUGAAGGAUUGGGAGUCGAAAGGUCCAAUUCCGAGCUGAGCAAAAUCAAUUCUUUGGUCACACGAUUGAAGGAAAGCUGGCAACACUUGCUGCGAGACAGGUCGACGCGCGACCCUUCGUACAAUGAUGAGCAAUUCCAUCUUUUAGAGAGAAUCAAAGCAACUGAGACGGCAAAGAAAAUUGUCAACAUGCUGACCACCCAAACUCUACCCUUUGCUGCUGCAUUGGCCGAUUGUCUAUCAGACUGGUACAAAUUGGCCCAAACUUCCUUUCUGCAGGUUGAAAUCCUGAAACGGGAUGUUCUCUAUUAUCAAGGCCAAUUGGAAAAAUUCCAAGAGAGCUAUGAGAUUGUCGAAGAGCUUUACCUGUCUAACACUGAAGCGCAGCUCAGUACCAGUGGCAAGAACUCUCUUUCAGAGAGGAAGUCUGUGUCCCCGACCUCUAACCACUCUCCGAGCCCAGCUCUGAGCAUUUCCCCUGUACCCCAGUCGUCGAGUAAGGUCUCCUGCCGGAAGAGUCUAGCCGAUGUCCUCGCCAUACAGGAAGAGAUCAAGCAGAUUGCUAAGGAAAAUUCCGAUUUGAUAAACCAAUUCCAAAGCAUUACGCUUUCUUUUUCCAAUGGAGGAAACUCUUUACAAAGUUGACGAUCCGUGAGCCCGUCUUUUAGUUCUUAAUAUUUACGACUGGCAAUUUACAUAUCUAGAAAUUUAAAAAAAUGGCAAAGGUUAGUGUAUCAAAUCAGUAAGCCCCCGCUCUUGCAAAUCAUAUCAGUGCUUCUGUUUUUCUAACAAGCAUUUUAUCCAAGAUAUUCCAAUAAAUGUUAUUUUAAAUAUCAGUUAUAGUUGCAAGUCAACUUCAUUUCUUUAAGUGUUUCUGGGUUGGUCUCCUGUAAAGCAGCAUAGAACUUUAUUUAGUAUUACUUAUAUUGUUUUAUAUUUAUAUACUAUUCUUUCCCUGUGUUAUUAUUAUUGUCUCAAAAAUUUAUGAUCCGACAAUAAUCCUAGUACCACGAAACAAUUUGCACUGUGAUUUUAGCAAUAAAUUAUUUUUAAUCGAUAA